AUGGCAAGUGUGACAUUCGAAGAUGCGACGAAAAACAAAGAACCGAGUGAUCAAGAUGACAAGUCUGCACCAAAGAAAGAUGCCACUACCAACACCUCACCAUCGCGAUUUUUCUUUUACAACCGUACCCGGCUAGUUAUUCUGGUACUGUCUACACUAUGUCUUACAAUGAUUCAAAGUAACCCAUUGGCGCUCAAUUUCACCGUAAUCUGCAUGGAUGACGUCGUUGAUGAGCAGAGCCAUAACUCUUCUGGAGGUGAGCAGAUCUAG